AUGGAGAAUCCUUCGCAUCGUUUUUAUAUCUAUUUUGACAGCAAGAGUAGUACCAACAAUGUGAACGUUCACUUCAUCCUCAUCUUUCCAAAUGGAGACAAUUCUGCGAGUGCAGUUACGGAACUGACAAGGUCUAUUAACAAUGGAUCUGUAGGGAGCAUGAGAGUGAACGAGACAAGCCUCAUCAUUAGCAAUCGAGUUGGCUCCACCCAGGUAUCACAGAUCGAGUAUUCCUCACCGAACGCCUCAAACACACCGGAAUCCACCAAGGACAACACCGAGAUACAACUGACGUGCAAUGGUACCUUUGUCCAACCUGUUGGUGACGUGACCAUGGAGUGGCGGAUGACGUCCAGGAACGCACUCGUUGUACCCUUGUCCAACUCUCGACUACAGACAAACCUCACGAGUCCUUAUGAAGGGCAUUACGUCGGAACACUCACCGCUGCUAACAUCUUGUUCAAAGAUUCAGGAGAUUUUCAGUGCAGUCUCAGGGAUGAGGGUGGGCUGAUAUCAAGUCAGGAGAUGAACGUACUCGUUAUACCCCGUCCAGUAGUAACUCUCCUGCCUAUGAAGAGUGUCGUCAUAAGGUCUGGUGAAGAUAUCACACUCAGCUGCAACUUGACAAGGUCGUCGGUCCUUGAGUCGACCCCGACCUUUCACUGGUACCAGAAUGGGCUAAUGACAGUGGGAACAAGUUCCCGGCUUAGCGUCACUGGCGGUGGAUUUCAGAACGCAACUUACUUCUGUGAGGGUGAAAAUGAUGUCGGUUUGGGGGAGAGAAGUCAAUCUACAACCGUGACCAUUAUUGGAGCUGAGGUCCUCCGAUGUGACAAGGAAGGAAACUGGCAUGGGACACGGGCUGGUUCUACUGCGGAAUAUCCUUGUCCUACGGGUGGCACAGCGGUAAUUACUCGCCACUGUGGUGAUGAUGGCCAAUGGUUGGACGAGGACAGUGGUCAGUGCGCCGUUCGACGCUUAGAACGGGUCAUUGAUGAUAUUGAGUGGAUUGAAGAGGGUCUGCGAGUCGCGAACAUCUCCAGCGUUGCCAGAGCAAUCUCGGAGAGUACACAGCCCAAUGAACUGUCCAGCAAGUGGAUCGUUCUAUCACUGCAGGCUCUUGGUCGGCUGUUGAACCUUAUCGAAGGCUGCAUCGUCACUGACAGCAAAGUGGACACAAAACAGUUCAUAGAGGUCUACAUCUUUUUUGUAUUGAAAACAAUUAAGACUAAAGACUUCUGGGGAUUCCUGGCGAGCGUCAGUAAUAUUCUUGAUUCACGGACAGUAGGCGAAUGGAAGAAACUGAAGGAUACAGCGACAUCGCAAACUACGGUGCUUCAGCUACUGGACAGAAUGACCGAUGUAACAACUAACUGUCUGGACGAGGGAGAUGUCUUCACUGCCGAGUCAACUAACAUUGAACUGAAGGUUGGUAAAACAGAUCCUGCAGCUGUGAAAGGUAUAGAGUUUUCUACCAACUCGGAUUCCAACACUGGCACAAGUAAAGCCAAUUUGAAGCUUGACAGCAAGACACUGAAACAACUGACAGAUGAUGGCCUUUGGGGCCUAUACAGAUGCGUCAGUAAGAUUCAGCUCAAUGUUCUACAAGAACAUCUUAUCUCUACUUCCGACCGGGGACAAGUAGUUGAACCAGCAGGGGGAGCCACUGGCAAGAAUGGAUCCAGAAGACUGGUGGUCAACUCGGGUCUCCUCGCCUUUAACCUAUUUCCUGCUCCAACGAAAGCACUCGAUCCGCCAUUGAAGAUGACCUUGAUGCAUACAGAUCUUUCUCUAACUGGUGAAGAUCGAAUGUGCGUCUACCUGAAUACAUCACAGGGCCUGUGGGAUUCUAAGGGAUGCAAUGUCAGUAUGUCAGGAACAUCUUCCACAGAGUGCUCCUGUGGUCAUCUGACGAACUUUGCUGUACUUAUGAGUCCAGACGCUAAACAGAUUUUAAUACGUCACCCUUUGACACCGGCAGAAAUUGCUUGUUGCAGCGUGGCGAUUGUGUUGUUGGUCAUCACAGUCGUCGUGUACGCCGUCACGUGGAGGUACAUAAGAUCUGAUCAAGGUGUUAUCGUAAUCCACAUCUGUGUGUGUCUUGCUGUUGCUCUGCUUCUGCUCCUGAUUGGGAUAGGAAGGGACGAAUUUGGUCUCUGCAUCGCAUUCGCCGUGGCCGUCCACUUCUUCUACAUGGCCACCUUCUUUAUGAUGCUCGCUUCCGGCCUAGAGGCAUUGUUGUCUGACUCGAACCUGCUCCGGAACACGUCCAAACUCAAACCCCUGUUAAUUGGAGCUUGGGGCUUGACCGUGCUAGCAGUCAUAAUCUCAUGUUCUCAGUUGCAAGUCUAUGAACCAGACCUGCAUUGCUGGUUGUCGCUCAUGGGUGAUAUGAAAUGGCUGUUCAUUGUUCCUGUGCUCCUCAUCCUCAUCGUUAACUUCGUUGUAACUGGGAAAAUGAUACAUAAUCACCUGGCGAGACGGGCUGCACGACUCCAAGAUGAUCAAGGAAAGGAAGCGAAAUCUCUCCACUGGAUGUGCUUCAUGAUACCGGUCCUUGGCUUGUCCUGGAUCUUCGGCCUCUUGACCGUUCAAGAUGGAAGCGAUGUUUAUGACUAUCUGUUUGCAAUCAUCAACGUUCUGCAGGGAUUGAUCAUCUUUAUUACACAGUGUAUCGCCAACAAACAUGUCCGUAAAGGUAUUGCUAGUUUACGACGACCACGUGAUCAGGGCACCACAGAGCGCGAACUUGAAAUGGAUGCAUCGAGGGAAGAUGCAGACAUGCAAAAUGAUGUCCGAGCAAGUGGAGCCUACCAUUACAUAGAUAAUACCCAGCGUAGUAGUGGGGCAACAGACCUUCAGCAGUAUGAGUCCCUUGAGGCUUCACAGCAUAUUGGAAACGUUUACGAAGAUAUGGACCGCACAGCGACACAAACAGGAUUGUUUGCCAAGGAUUUCAGUGAAGAAACUCAGUAUGCGAACGAGCAGGCGAAUCCUGUUGGCGGGGCGAACAGGAUGCCAGAUCCUGCCAAGUCUGGAGACGGUGGCAAGCUACCCUCGGAUGUCUUGUACAGAAAAAUCCAAGACACGGAAAGAAGACCAAUGAUACCUUCCCAUGGGAACAGGAGAUAAGGCGAGUAAACAAUAAUUGUGUGCUCUUCCGUGAACGUGAAGCAGUGUUGACCAAGGUGGACGAAACUUGCCUUUUCCACGCCUGGAUUGAGGGGAAUGUUUAUGUUCUACGAUAUUUUAUUUUGAAUAGUGGGUAGUGCAUUGACGUGCUAAAACAUCUGAAAUGAGCUUAAGUCAUGUCAGACUCACUGGUAGUAUGUGCACCAUAUUCAGUAUCUAGUUACAAUAGGGAAAUACAUGGUAUAUGGACAAGAUCUUGUAUGGUUAUUUUAACAUUUCAAUGUAAGUCAGCACAAGGAAUGAUAUCCCUGGAAUGGUUGGAGCCUUGUAAUGAUUUUGUUAAAACAGAGGUAGUUUUGAAAAUAAUUGGUAAAGCAAUGGUUGUAUUUCUGUGAAGAGAGUGUAUAUUAUUUGUAAGCAUUUGUACAUUUUAAGCAUGCAUCUGUAAACGAUUGGUAUAUUUCUAUAAACAAUGCAUAUAUCUCUUACAGUAAGUGUUAGAUAUAUUUAGCAAUGAUGUAUCUCUUACAGUAAGUGUUAUAUAUAUUUAGCAAUGAUGUAUCUCUUACAGUAAGUGUUAUAUAUAUUUAGCAAUGAUGUAUAUCUUACAGUAAGUCUUAUAUAUAUUUAGCAAUGAUGUAUCUCUUACAGUAAGUGUUAUAUAUAUUUAGCAAUGAUGUAUCUCUUACAGUAAGUGUUAUAUAUAUUUAGCAAUGAUGUAUCUCUUACAGUAAGUGUUAUAUAUAUUUAGCAAUGAUGUAUCUCUUACAGUAAGUGUUAUAUAUAUUUAGCAAUGAUGUAUCGCUUA